AUGUUUAGAAAAGACGCUGAUAACUUCACAGGACAAAAAGCUACUGAACAUUUUAAUUACAGGACAGCACUCGAAAGAGUUAUUUUGUUAGAUGAUUCAAAUCGCGUUAAAGCUAAAGAGAGUCUCAUCAGAUUUGAAUUAGGCUCCGGCCAUUUAAUGGCGUCUAACUUAUUGGAUGAGAAAUCAUCCAACCCUGUAAAGAAAUUUUGGACAAAAGCUAAAAUGGAAUCUAUCAAGUCAGAUUAUUCUAUGUACGCGUUGAAUCAAACCAUUUAUGAAAAAAAAGAGUUACACUCAAUUGUAACUGAUGAUACAAUAAAUGACAUUAGACAAGGAUAUCAAUGCAAGGAAAAUAAUGGAGAAUUAAAUGGCUCAAGUUAUCAAAAUGACAAUUCUGAUGAGAAUUCGAAGUCAUUAAAUGAUAAAGACGAGACCAACAAAUUCUUUAAAAAUCCCAGAAAACAAUCGGAAAAUUUGUUUAAGAAACGGCUUAAAUCAGAAGUUGACGACGAGGAGGAUGACAACACCGAUUCUGAAGAAUCGGAAUCGGAAGAUUUAGAGUCAGAGUAUAUACCUAGUGAUACUGAUGGUUCAAAGCCCGCACCGAAGUCCGCACUAUUAUUAAUCUCAUCAAAGCUGAAGUAUUUUACCGAGUUCUAUACAGGAAUGAAUGAGUCAAAAAAGUGGUUACUGUCUUCAGGAACAUGUGUUGAAGAUGUUCUCUUUCAUGGAGGAAAAGCAUUGUUAAAUGAAUCUCUUAUACAUUCUUGGACAAUUGAUUUAAGUGACUGGGAAACAAAAGAGCUGUUCAGUGAAGAAGAUUGGUAUCACUAUCAAGAUUCAGGAAUGCAAGUCCGAACUACUACUGAUUUAAGGAAGGUUCUAGAGUCUACAUCCUAUCGGGACAAAAACGAACAAUAUGAUCGCGAAAGUCAUUUUGAUGCUGAAUGGGCAGAGCUUGUUAUGAGGAAUUUCCUAAUGCUUUAUGAAGAUCCCGAUGAAGUACUCCGAAAGGAACACUUAGAGGGCUGGUUUGAUGCGAACAUUUGGUCAGUGGUCGUUGAUCGUGCUUUUAGCAAUGUUCGAGGACCACAAACUGUUAGGAAAGAAGCAUCAAGUAAAUCCGUAGCAAAAAGAAAGAAUCGGAAGCGAGCUCGAAAGGAAAGAACAAAGAUAACAAAGAUAGGAUGUAAGCUUGAUGGGGUUUUCCGAACAUAUGACGAUGACAUAGAGUAUGGGACGAUAGAAGUGAAGAGUGAGUUUGUUCAGGUUAAUUCUACAGAUCGGCUCAAAGAUGGACUUAAACUUGGAAAGGCAAUGCACGACAUGUAUGUUUGUUUAUCUCAUUUGGUAAAAUUAGACGAAAAAAAGGUCCGACAAUUGCAGGUUAUCGGACUACAGCAUUCAGGUCUUAAACUACAAAUCUGUCAAUUGUCAACCCAAAAGGGAUACGUAUCAGUUCUUAAAAGAGGAGAACUUUAUAAAAUUCCGAAAAAAAUAGAAAAGAUAAAAGAUUUAAUCAUGCUCCUAUCAGGUGUUUGGAGAGCAAAGUCAUAA